AUGACAGGAUGCUGCUUCCACGUGACCUUUGAUAGGUUACAUAGGGGCAGCUUAAGGCGUCUAACAAGUUCAUCAUCAUUAGGUUCAUCAAAACAUGGGAGAAAGAUUUGUAAAGGACCACUAGUUGUUUGCUUUGGAGAGAUGAUGAUCAAUUUAGUCCCCACAAUAGAUGGAGUGUCCCUUUCAGAUGCAGAGGCUUAUAAGAAAUCUCCUGCUGGAGCUACUGCCAUUGUUUCUGUUGCAAUAUCUAGACUUGGAGGCUCUUCAGCUUUUAUUGGCAAGGUUGGAAAUGAUGAAUUUGGCCAUAUGUUAUCUGAUAUUCUAAAACAAAAUGGUGUUGACAAUUCUGGCUUGCUGUUUGAUGAACAUGCAAGGACAGCAUUGGCAUUUCAUUCACUUAAGAAUAGUGAUGAUGGGAAACCUGAAUUCAUGUUUUAUCGAAAUCCUAGUGCUGACAUACUUUUCCGUUCAGAAGAAAUUGACAAGAGUCUCAUAAAAAAGGCCACAAUAUUUCAUUAUGGUUCAGUUAGCUUAAUUAAGGAGCCUUCUAGGUCAACUCACAUUGAAGCAAUAAAUUAUGCCAAAAUGUGUGGUAGUAUACUGUCUUAUGCCCCAAAUUUGACAGUGCCACUAUGGCCAUCAACAGAGGCUGCUAGGGAAGGCAUCAUGAGUAUUUGGAACUAUGCAGACGUUAUUAAGGUAAGUGUGGAAGAAAUUCGAAUUUUGACUGAAGGUAAUGAUCCUUAUGAUGACAAAAUGAUCAUGAAGAAGUUGUUCCACCAUAAUCUCAAACUUUUGUUGGUCACGGAAGGAAUAAAGGGCUGUAGAUACUACACCAAGGACUUUAAAGGUUGGGUUUAUGGUUUUGAGGUGGAAGCAAUUGACACAACAGGAGCUGGUGAUUCUUUUGUUGGUGGGUUUUUGAGCAUAUUGUCUGCACAUAAACACAUUUAUAAGGAUGAGAAAAUAUUAAGGGAGGCCCUUGAUUUUGCAAAUGCUUGUGGUGCAGCCACCGUGACAGGGAGAGGGGCCAUACCUUCACUUCCCACAAAGAGUUCGGUUCUUAGAGUUAUGCUCACUUAUUGAAUACAUAGAAGAGUUCAACAUCCAUAUGGUAGAUAAUUUGAUAAGCUAAAAGGUGUCCGUUUGAACACUGAUUAAAUUAGUGAAAUUUUGAGGCAUGCCCUAUUUUUAAAUAUAUAAUA